UUAGCAUAAUUUGGUCAUGACUUUACGGUCACCCUGCGAACAAGUAAUUUGUUGGCCAAAAUGCAACGCUCGAAGAUGGCAUCCAACGGCAUGUCAAGAGGAAAAACUCCCCAAUUUCUCACUUUCGGACUCUUAGUCGUCAUUUGUGUGCUGGCAUUCAAUUACUGGAAUGUUUCGUCAAGGAGUAAACUUCUGCAGAAGCAAGUGCAAGAGAUGACGUCUACACUAGAGGAGUUGGCAAUGUCCAAAAUACACUUAGAGAAGCGCAGUGAGGCCUUACAGAUGCAAAUCACGGAAUCCAACCGGCUCAUCAACAGCUUCCGACAAGAGAAGGAUGCCCUGGGCAUGCAGAGGCAGCAAUGCCUGCUGGAGCUCGACAGCAAACGCACCCAGAACCAGCAGCUCACCACCAACCUCAAUGUCUGCCAAGAACACAAGACUGACCUGGAGGGCCAAUUUCAAAUAAAACAGGGCAACUUAUCUGUCACAGCACAACUAUUACAAGAAUGUAAAGCUAAGUACGACAAAUUAAUUGAAGAGGAUGACUUAAUUACAGCCAAACGUCAAGAAGAGAUGAACAAUCUUCGCUCGCAGCAAGGGCUCCUUGAGAGCAACAACCGCCAGUGUUUAGAAGACAAGGAGGUCCUGAACGACAGGCUGAACUCCAUAAAAGCACAGGUCCAAACAAGGCAAAUUGAGGCCCAAAAAUGUCAGGAAUCCUUGAAUACAUGCCAGAACAAUGUCCAGAACUUGCAGCAGCAGCUACGAAUGACAAUGCAACAGCAACAACAGCAACAACAGCAGCAUGAACAGCUGCCAGACACUAAUCAACAGCAGCAAUAUCAACCACAACAGCAAUAUCAGCCGCAGCAGCAACAGCAGCAGCAACAGUACGAACAGCAACAGGACCAGCAGCAACAGCAACAACCUGGUACUGGACAGGAACAGCAGAAUCAGGUAAGCAUGAACCUAGAUUUACAGCAGCGGCAUCAGCAACAUCUUCAAGAGUUUAAAGACAGACAGCAGCAACUGCAGCAACUAGUGCACAUACACCCUGGCAAACAAGACAUGCAAGAAGAGCAGCAGCAGACAGAUCAGCAACAGCAUCAAGAAUAUCCGGGACAGCAGGGUCAGCAGCAGGUUAGAUAUCAACAGUACCCGCAGCAGCAAGUGGAGCAAGAUCAACAACAGCAACAGCAACAGCAUCAAGAAUAUCAGCAGCAGCAAGGGCAGCAGCAGGUUGAAUAUCAACAACACCCACAACAGCAAGUGGAACAAGAUCAACAACAGCAACAGCAGACAGAUCAGCAGCAGCAACAAGAAUACCAGCAGCAGCAGACUGCAGACAAGCUGCAGCAACUUGAACAAGAGCAACAGCAUGUCGGCCAGCAACAGCAGUUAGACACAUCAAAGGUUGUCGAGACUGGGCAAGAAGGUGCAAAUCAGAAAUCUCAACGAAGUCAGCAACAAUCUCAUUCUCGUGAAAGGGAACACGACCAACUGGUAAACAGACAGAAUAAAAUGGAACAUACAGACCAGCGGCAAAAAGAACCUCAGCAGCAGCAGCAGCAGCAGCAGCAGCAGCUCACAAAUAAGCAACAGUUGGAAGAAAUAAACCAGCAUGGAGAACAAGAGCAACACCACAACAAACAGAAGGUUACAUUGGCGCCACAUCAACAAGACGGACAGCAGGAUCUACAUCAGCAAGAAUAUGAGCAACAGCAAAAACCGAUGAAACAGGAAGGGCAGCAGCAGGGAGGCAAUGGACAAGAAGAGCAACAGCAAGAACAUCAGCAGCAGGAAGAGCUGCUAAGCAAAGAGAAACAGCAGCAAGAACAGCACACGGCGCAGCAAGAACAGAAAGAGCAGCAGCAAGAUAAACAACAGCAAGAACAUAAACAGCAAGAACAGCUCACCACAGAGCAACCUCAGCAGGAAGACAAAGAACAGCAGCAGGACGAGGAACAGCAAGAACCGCACAGCAUUGAGGCGCAACAGGCAGGGCCAACGCUGCAGGAAAGUAAACAGGAGCAAGAACAGCAACAGCGGGAAGGGCAGCAGCAGCAAGAUAAACUGCAGCAAGAACAGCAACAGCAAGAGCAACUCAGCACUGUGCAGAACCAGAAGCAAGACAAAGAACAGCAGCAAGAUGAGGAACAGCAAAAAGAACACAGCAUUGAGGAACAGCAAGAGGAAGGGCAGCAGCAAGAAAAGCUUCACAGCUCAGAGCAAAAGCACGAAGACCAGCAGCAGCAAGGCAAUGAGCAACAACAGCAACAAGAACAACCUCAGUCACAGGACGGUCAAGGACAGCAGCAACAGCCAUCCGAAGGCAAGGAUCAACAACAAACUCCUAAGCCGCAGCAGCAGCAGCAGCAAUCCCAUCACCACGAGAACGACCCAGGCCAACCUCAGAAGGGUGGAAAUGUGGAUGUCCAGAACCAGCAGGCAUACAACCAGUAUUUGCAGCAGCAGCAGCAGCAGCAAGAGCAGCAACCACAGCAAGAGCAGCAACCACAGCAGCCCGGGGCACAGGAUGCAGAAGCCCAGCAGCGGUACAUUCUUGAACAGCAAGAACUGCUGCAGAAAGAGCAGCAUCGGCAGCAGCUUGAGCAGCUGCAGCAGCAUCAGGACCUGCAGAAUCUGGAUGGACAGCAGGAGCCUGAUAACAACGAGAGAGGAGUUCCAUUAGAAGUUGACCGUCCACAAGAAGCAGGCCAAGAUCACCAAGAUCCUGGCCCUGUGAAGAUGAUUGAGAAUGAAGAAGAUCAGCAGAGACAGGAGAAAGAUGGGCAGGAUGAAGAGGUCAAGAAGGGGGAGGAGGAAGAAGCUAAAGGAGGGGAGGAGGAAGAAGCUAAAGAAGGGGAGGAGGAGAACGUUGCCAGGCAAGACGGCGGGGAAGAUGAUAACGGGGGACCUGCUUACCAAGAUGGAGAAGAAGUUGAUGAAGGCAGGAAGGCCCAGGAGAAUGAUGAGGCAAGACAGGAGGAUUUGGAGAAGGACAUGGAGAUGAGGAUGCAGCGCCUGAGACCACAGGGCGAUGAAGAGGACAGGCAGAAGGAACAAGAGGAUGCUGGAGGAGAUGAGGAACAGCCAGGCAGAGAGCAGGAUGAGGGAGGGGAGGACAGGGCAGAGGAUAGGGAUGGGCGACCGCCAGAAUAUGGAGAUGACAGAGAGGAAGGUGACCAAGGCGAUGAAGGGAGAGAUGCUGAAGAGCCAAAUGAAGGAGCCAACGUCCCAGUAGUGGACCAAGAUAUUCAGAUAGAAGGAGACAAUGAAGAUGAAGAGGUAGGAAAUGAAACUUGGGAAGCAGAACAGGAACAGCGGCAACGGCAGGUAGAGGAUGGGGGACCGGCGGUGGAAAGACCUGCGUUCAUUUAUGAUCAGGAUGCAGAUCGAAUGCAAGGCAGGGAUGGGGGAGAAGGGGAUGGUGCCGGGCAAGGAGAGGAUGAAAAUGGGCUGAAGGAGGAGGAGGAGGUCGGGGAUCCUGGAGAGGCAGAAGAUGUUGGAGAUGCAGGAGACGAAGAAGAUGCACCGCAAGACGGUGAGCAGCAAUUUGAUGAUGGACAGGAAGUUGAGGAGGAGGAUGCUGAGAACCCAGAUGAUGCUGAGAACCCAGAUGAUGCUGAGAACCCAGCUGAUGAUGGGAACCGAGAUGAUGCUGAGAACCCAGAUGGUGCUGAGUACCCAGAUGAUGCUGAGAACCCAGAUGAUGAUGGGAACCCAGACAAUGAUGGGCACCCAGAUGAUGCUGAGAACCCAGAUGAUGAUGGUAACCCAGAUGAUGAUGGGAACCCAGAUGAUGAUGGGAACCCAGAUGGUGCUGAGAACCCAGAUGGUGCUGAGUACCCAGAUGAUGCUGGGAACCCAGAUGAUGCUGGGAACCCAGAUGAUGCUGGGAACCCAGAUGAUGCCGAGAACCCAGAUGAUGCCGAGAACCCAGAUGAUGCUGGGAACCCAGAUGGUGUUGAAAACCCAGAUGAUGCCGAGUACCCUGAUGAUGCUGGGAACCCAGAUGAUGCUGGGAACCCAGAGGAUGCUGGGAACCCAGAGGAUAAUGGGAACCCAGAGGAUAAUGGGAACCCAGAGGAUGGUGAAGAGCAGCAGGAGGGUCAUCUAGAGCUGGGCGAUGUGGAGAUUGAGCAAGCCAACGCUCUGUCUUCGAAUGAAGCUGAACGCAAUGAGCAGGAGCAGAAUCAGGAGAACUACGCUUACGGAAACGUGAACAAUGCCGCAGACUACCCAGAUCAUGACAACAAUCCAGAUGGCGGAAACGAUCAGGAAGCUGAUGCACAAGAAAACGACAUCCGACACCACUACGACGCCGGCGACGCGCAAGGGAAUGAGAACUUGGAGGAAGGCCGAGCUAAUGAUGUUUACGACGCCAGGGAUCAUGUAUAACGAACCCUUACCAUUGUCACUGUCUGUCAUGUCUCAUGUUUCAAACCUUGCAUGAUUUUUGCUUUUUACAAUUAGGGUUUAAGAAGUCCACUUUUUCCAUGUUUUGUUUUUAGCACACCAGAAAUACUUCAUACUAAACCCCUAAAUAAUAUAUAAUUGUAAUUUUAGUAAUUAUUUUGCUUACUUAAGCAAAACAUCAAUCUUUACUUAAGGAAAACAUCAGUCACUACUAUUUUUUCUGAUAUUUUUUUAGUUAUAACACUAUUUUAAAAACUUAUUGUACCUUUCCAAAAAUCACAAUUUGACAAAGUAAGAUCUAUAUACUCUAAAAUCUGAUUUUCAGUGUGUCUACAAGGCAUAAGAUUUAAAAGUAUUCGUUAAUAAAGAGUGUUUGU